AUGACUAAAGACAUUGUGCUUGGAGAUGACCUGCCGGACUGGGUGGGUGCCAAGGAGUUUUACCAGAAGUAUGACCCUAAAGAGGUGAUUGGCCGUGGUGUAAGCAGCGUGGUGCGCAGGUGCGUCCAUAGACACACUGGGCAAGAGCUGGCUGUCAAAAUCAUCGAGAUCACUGCUGAGAAGAUGACCAUCCAGCAACUGGAGGAGGUGAAGACCUCCACGCUUAAGGAGAUCCAAGUCCUCAAUAUGGUUAAGGGCCACUCGUCCAUCAUUACACUCAUCGAUUCCUAUGAGUCUGCAACCUUCAUCUUCCUGGUGUUUGACCUCAUGAGGCGAGGGGAGCUGUUUGACUACCUCACAGAAAAAGUGACGCUGAGCGAGAAGGAAACAAGGAGCAUGAUGCGAGCUCUGCUAGAAGCGGUGCGCUACCUGCACUCUCUCCACAUCGUCCACCGCGACCUUAAACCGGAGAACAUUCUGCUGGACGACCAAGGACACAUUAAACUGUCUGACUUCGGUUUCUCGGUGCAGCUGCAACCUGGCGAAAAACUCAGAGAGCUUUGUGGAACACCUGGAUAUUUAGCUCCCGAAAUACUGAAAUGCUCCAUGGACGAAAUGCACCCCGGUUACGGAAAAGAAGUCGAUCUCUGGGCAUGCGGCGUGAUUUUGUUCACCUUACUAGCCGGUUCGCCGCCCUUCUGGCACCGCAAACAGAUGCUGAUGCUCAGGAUGAUCAUGGAGGGGCGCUACAAGUUCGGGUCGCCAGAGUGGGAUGACCGAUCGGACACCGUGAAGGAUUUGAUCUCCAGGUUGCUGGUGGUGGAUGCCAGCGCACGUCUGACAGCUGAGCAGGCUUUGACUCAUCCUUUCUUUAGACAGUACCAGAAGGAAGACGUACGGCGAUUUAGCCCGAGGAAGUCAUUCAGGGUGUUGAUCGUGACGGUGCUAGCUUGCAUCCGCAUGUUCGGCCGCUACCGGCGUGCUCGCCCGCUGACCCGAGAGGUUCUGGCCCGCGACCCUUACUCCCUGCGGGGCGUGCGCAAACUCAUCGACGGCUGCGCCUUCCGCAUCUACGGCCACUGGGUGAAGAAAGGCGAGCAGCAGAACCGAGCCGCGCUCUUCCAAAACACGGCCAAGGUCAUGCUGCUGGAGCUGGAGGACUUUGAAAACUAA